AUGACUUUUUCCAUUCUUGGGAAACUGUUAGAUUACUUCUGUCGUUGUAAUGAUAGCAAUGGUCAAGUUUCUGUUCCAAAAUUUGAGAAGAUUCCUUGGCUUAGCGAGGCCAGCCUCACCAACAAGCCGUUAGUGCUCAGCAUCCCCAAAAGGUCUCCUCAGCCCUCUGCUACUUGUCUGAUUUCAUCCAAGAAAGAUAUGAAUUUGCCAUUUUUGUUUCAAGUUCCAGAUGCCUUAUCUAAGGCAAGCAGAGAGCAAAGUAACUCUGUGAUGCUCAGAAACAGGCGGCUGUGUGACACAUGUCGAGAAAUAAAAAUGGUACAGCCAAGAACUGUACUCAUCCCAGAUGAUCUGAAACUGUCCCUUGAGAAUUUUAUGAAUCAAAGGAUGAUGGGUCUUCACCCACCAAGAACCGAGACUGUACACAGACGUUCCCGUGAUGACAUUCUGACAGAGAACAUUCACUACAGACUGCCCAUUAUGGGUCCCAGGACAGCUGUCUUCCAUGACCUGCUCUCAGAUGCAUACAAAACUCUGCAGGAGAGGCAGCUCUCUUCAUUAACCAGAAAGGAGCCCAUCGGCAAGACCAAGAGGCGGUGA